CAUCGAAAUACAUCUAGGUUACCUAAGUAUUCAGCUCUCAGAGACUAACCUAAGCUACAAGAUAAAGAUCUUCCAAACAAAUUCGUCGUCUUAUUUGGACUUUCUCUCAUAUACCUAGACCUUAGCUAUCCAAUGGCCAUUCGCCCACUAAACGACCAAGGAAUUCUAAGAAUAUCAGCAGAGAUUGGAACAUGGAGCGGCCGAACUUGACUCAUCGCAUGAUACUCCCACGGACGGGCCCGAAUGAUGUAGACAAUGACCUGGACUACGCGGCCUUCUUCCAGCAUGGUGAUGAUAACGACACAUGUUAUCUUCCCGACACUGGCUUUUCUGGAUUUACUCUAGACUUUAAUGAUGAUCUCGAAAUGUAUAACCUCCCGUCCUCGGCAACCCCAGCCGAGAAUACCAACAACAACAACAACAACAACAACAAUAAAAUCGGGACUCGUAAACAAGGAUUAAAGCGGCAGAGACAUACUAAAAGCCGUCACGGAUGCUUCAACUGCAAGCGGCGUCGCAUAAGGUGCCAAGAAACCCAUCCGGCGUGCGACCACUGUGUAAAAGGGGGGCUGAACUGCGAAUACCCAGCGGCUCCCCGGAUCGUACACCAACCACAGCACCUAGUCCCUCUUUUCAGCCUGCAAGACAUGCGCUUCUUCCAGCACUUCUUGCUGACCUGCUUCCCACACCAACCCCUGGGGAACGAGAAGAUAUGGACCCACGAGGUUCCGUGUCUGUCCCAGAAACACGAAUACCUUAUGCACGCGAUCCUAGGCCUCGCGGCGUCCGAUCUCAUCAAGCAAGAUCCAAGUCUAGUCACGUCUGCCAUGGUGCACCGGCUCAAGGCCAUCAAGGCGAUUAAGAAGACACUUAACGAUGUCCGCAAGAUGGACACUUUCGAAGAAGGAAACGCACUUGUAGCGACCUGCUUCGCGCUAACCUUCCAGUCCGUGGUCCUCGAGGACGGCAUGGCGGAGUUCAUGACCUUCUGCCGGGGGAUCGUCAUCGUCGCGACGCAGAUGUGGAUCAAGGGGGCCCGGUUCCUCUUCAAGAACCUGCUCGAGAACCAGUCCGCGGCGCUCCUGCGUCCCUUCAUCGACGCGCUGCCGCCCAUCCGCCGCGACUGGGUCGACAUGGCCGUGGCUGGGAUCCAGGGGCUGGAGUCGUUGUUAUGUCGGGAUGACGACGGCGCUUCUACCACCACUGCUGCUUCUACUUCUACUUCUACCUUUACUUUCGCUUCCACCCCCACCCCUACUCUAAACCACAAUAACAACAAUCUCCCCCCUAACACACCCACUCCUCCCAACCCUUCCCCCCACACCCCUCCAAACCACCACCAAACCAACAUAAUCGCAUCCGAAUACCACACCCACCUCCUCCUCAUGGCGACCUCCCUGCGCACCUCCUCCUUCCGCGCCUACGAGGCCCUCUGCGCGCACUACGCGUGGUGGCUCGCGCUCCCGCAUCCACACUUCCAGGCCCUCGUCGACCCCGCAAGCCAGACCUUCACCUUGCUUGCCGCGCACUGGAUCGCGCUGAAGCAGCUGAUGGCCCCGAUCACGGGGACCGAGCACCGGAUGCGGGCGCGGGAGCCGGUGUCCUCUUCGCUUACGCAUCCGCCCCCGUCCCAGUCUCAGUCCCAGGGAGGUGGGAAAGGUAGGGGAGGAGGAGGAGGAGAAGGGGAGGGAGGAGAGGGCAGUAGUAAUAAUAAUAAGAAUAAUAACAGUAGUGGUAGUAGCAGUGGCGAUAGUAGUGGCAGUCUAGACAUCGGCAUGGUCCGCUGGCUACGCUACCUCAACCGCCAAGUCGACGCCGAGCACCGGGCCUACAACACCUGGCCCAUGUGGGUUGAGGAGCAGCUGGCUCGGGAUGGCGGCUUUUUUCGGCAAGGUAACGCCGUAAAAACUGCCUAGCAGUCAAGGGAAAGGGGGGAAUGGGAGAAUGGGGAAAGGAGGGGCCGGCUUCCACCCCGAGUAGCCAGUAAGGAAGAAACUCAGAAAAACGCCCCAACCAAAUCGCCGAUCCACGAUAGCGGGCUUCUUCCGCAUGCCUACAUACGCCGUAAUACGCACCAUUCUACCAGGCCAAGAAACAAUUUACAUAUGUAUCUCCCACCCUAGUAUCAUCGUACCUACUAGGUAUCCAGGUACCUACCUAUUUACCAAUAUCACAUGCCAUCCCAGCAAAACAUUCGAAAGCACUACACACUUGCCUGCCUGCCUGCCUACAUACUUCCUACCAAAUCAACCCCCAUCCACUCAUCCCAACCCAUUCGCCUCACGACCGUCCAAACAAACAUCCGUAACCCCCCCUCCUUACUCGUUCUCCCUAAAAAAAAAAAAAAACCGUCCACGCCUCCCUCGUAUACCAGCCGCGUAAUCCCGACCGACACAGCCCCCCGCGACCUCCUUAAAUUACCGAGGCUGAAAAUAAAUAGUUCCAAUAUCAUCCGAUCCCAGGAGGACCGAGUUAUUAAUCUAACUACCUAUUACACACAUAUAUUAUAUAUACAUACAUACCUAUCACGCAACUUAUACAUACCUAGGUACAAGCUCCCUGAUCUCGCAGUCUCAAGGGUAGACAACCUACACUAGGGAGAAGAAAACCCUAUUAACUACUAGUAUCAACGUCCAAGGUCCUUAAUAUGGUGGUAUUCA